CGAGGCGGCCCGUGUCGUCACUCUGCCCGCUCUAUAAAACUCCCCCCGACUCACUCACCUGGUUAGACAAACACCUCUGUAAUCUACAGCUGUGCGCACGCUUUUGUUAUUGUCAAUACUUUUAACAGCUUCUUUAGUUGGCAAAUUGAAGGAAUUUUUAAAUUCUGACAGCCCUAAAAGUUUUAAAAUACCAUUUUUGUUUAUGAAUCUUGCAAGUUUUUCGUAUUUCACGGGCAUGUGUAACAUGACGGCAGAGUCCCAGCACUCACCCGCCGAGGCGGCCAGUCCAGUGGUGGUGUCUCCCAACGUGAGCCUGGACUCCCCGAUUCCUCUUCCUCCACCAGCGUUAAACCACCAAGCUCGAACCAAGGACGGUGUUCUCAUCAAAGCAGAGCUCCGGGGCAGCAGUCCAAAUACAGACAGGGAGGAAGGGGCUUCAUUGGGUCAAACAGAGGAACAUCUGCCCGCCACUGGCAGCCGGCGGAGGAAAAGGCCAGUGCAGCGAGGUAAACCUCCCUACAGUUACAUCGCACUGAUAGCAAUGGCUAUCGCCAAUUCACCUGAGAGAAAACUCACUCUAGGCGGCAUCUAUAAGUUCAUCAUGGAACGCUUUCCUUUUUACCGCGAGAAUUCCAAGAAGUGGCAGAAUUCCAUACGGCAUAACCUCACCCUCAACGACUGUUUUGUGAAGAUCCCGCGUGAGCCCGGUAGGCCCGGCAAAGGAAACUACUGGACGCUCGACCCUGCCGCUGAGGACAUGUUCGACAACGGGAGUUUCUUGCGACGGAGGAAGCGCUUCAAGCGGACUGAUGUGAGCACAUAUCCAGGGUACAUGCAGAACUCGAGCGCUUUCACGCCCACAUCUAUGGGUAGACAGGCGUACACCAACACUUUGUACCCGGGUGUAACGUCUGGCUACGGGACUCAGUUGGCUGGGUCCCCGCACCCGGCGAUGCUGCAUCACUAUCAGGCAUCAGCCGGGGUCACGCAGGGCCAGCCUAGGAUGUUCAGCAUUGAUAACAUUAUUAAUCAGCAGAUCAUGAUGCAAAGUGGAGGAGAUCUCAACCCGCAGUCUCUGGGACUGGGUGUUGGAGACUUGGGUGCCAUGACCUCCAGCUGUUCCGUAUCCACCUCAGACCCGACCUGCUUUCAGACACAACCGAUAAAUCCAAUGAGCAACAUGCUGAACAGGAACACUGGACCUCUUGCUUCAAACAUGACAACCAGCUACACGUACCCCUCCUCGGCUUCGCCCACUCACCUGUCCGGGGUCACGCAGUCCAGCUUCUCACCGGGAGGUUCACAGGUGUACUGUACGGGAAACAGGAUUUCGCUGCCCCCUGUGCGUUCUGGGUCGUGUGCAGAUCAUACAGAACCACUUUUAGGUCUCUCCGGACCAACAAUGAACUCGUACAAUAAUUCAUAUAUGAGACAAGCCAAUUUUGCCUCAGGACUGGAGCGAUACAUGUGAAAAUGGCCCCAAGAUUGAGUUUUUGUUAUGUAACAAAAGUUGUGUACCGUGUGACAGAAUUAACCAUUUGUAUAAAAUGUAUAAUUACAGUUCUGUUAUUGAUAUGUAAUCCGAAACAUUUGUUUGACUUGAUAUCAGUGGACCAGCAACCCC